UCAGGACAGAAACUCAGAGCAGAAACUUGAAGCAGAAACCACAGAGGAACACUGCUUGCUGGCUCUCUCACAGGCUCAUGCAUAGCUAGCUUUCUCAUACAGCCCAGGACCACCUGCUCAAGGAAUGGUGCUGCCCACAUUAGACCGGGCCCUUCUACAUCGAAUAAUAAUCUAGAAAACUCCCCACAGACGUGCCUAUGGGCCAGUGUGAUCUGGGAAAUUCCUCAGUUGAGUAUUUCAGAGGACUCUAAGCCCUGUCCAGAUGACAGUUUAACUAGAACAGAGCUUUACAUUGUUUCAUUUAAUCAUUACAGUAGUUCAGAUAGUAUCUAGAUUAUUGAGUUGAUGUCCAUCCUGCAGACAUCAUUAAGCUUCAUGCUCUGUCCUCUGCAGAAACAGCUCCCCCUGCCCAGAAGUCUCCAGCUUGAGUGUGUGUAGACCUGAGGCAAUGCUUUCUGGCUUUUUUUUCCAGAUCUGUAACACAGACUUGAUGAUCCUGCUUUGCAAGAUGAAUGGCAAAACAAAGAUGUAAAAACAUUUUUUAAGCAAGGAAACAUCUUAUUGAUUCAUUUAUGCAGUAAAUAUGUACUAAGUGCCUGGUACCUGCUAAGCACAUUUCUUAGUGCUGAAUACACAGCAAAGAACAUAGCACAUGUCAGACUUCGUAUGCCACUAUAAGGUCAUUGGCUUUUGCUCUGAGAUGGGAAACCUUCAGAAGGACUUAAGACACAGGAAUGACAAGAUCUGAUUUUAGUUAUUAAGAGGAUCACACUGAGCUGUGAAAGCCCAGUCAGGAAGCAAAUGCAAUAAUCCAGACAGAUUGAAACUGAGGCUUUGUUAAGGUUGUAGGGGCAGAGGCGUUGAAAGGGGCUUGAUUCUGAACAUGCUGUGAAAAUAGACCCAAAAGAAUUUGUGGAAGGAGUGUAUGUACUUUAGGAUAAAAAGAUGCCACCAUGGCAUGAAGGAUUUGACUUGAGCCUCAGAAAUGAUGGCAGGGGUGUGUGUGGGGUUAACUGCUGGAAUGAUGACUGAGGAGGACAAUAGGUUUGGCAUGCCCAUUGUGCAUACAAAUGAAGAUCCGGAGCAAGUGAUCAAGUGGAUGUAUAGGCCUGGAAUUCUGCAUACCAGGAUCAGCUUGGAGUCACCAGUGAAGGAGUCCCCAGCACAUCUUAAGCCAUUAGACUUGAAGGGACACGGUAGGAGAAGGAGGUAAACAGUGGGGUGUGCUGAAAAUCAGGACUUGGAGCCAAAAUUCCUGUGCCUUUCCAAAACUGGACUGUCCACUUGCAGUGUGAACUUGAGCAAAUUUCUUAAGCUGCAGCUCCUGCCCUGUAAAUUGCUAUGUUCGUUCCCAUCUUAUGGGAGCCUUUGGUGACAAAUAAGGCGACUUGCAGAAAACAUCACUAGAAAUACAGGCUUUGUAAGGUUAUUUCUUUAUACUGUAUAUUCAAUAUUAAGACUAACUUCCCGAGUUGGACAGACUGGCUUCAAAGUCUAACAAAGGCCAGGUUUCUGCCCAGGCUGCAGUUCGUGCCUGGACCACAAAGGGAGGGGCGAUAAGUACUGUGGGCCAGGGGCCGCCAGACGUCUUCACAGCAUCCGGAAGAAUCCAUCCAUCAGUCCGGCGGGCCCUGGACCAUAGAGGGUCCUCCGGUCGUUCCUAGAGCGGCCGCGGGGCUCCCGCGAGCAGCCUCACUUCCGGCGGGGAGAGGCGGCGGGAGACCAGGGCGGCGGCGGCGGGCGCGAAGAUUCCAAGUUGUGUUCCGAGGACAGAAGAAUCUCUUGACAGCACAUCUGGAUAUUCACCAUGAGGUUAGGAAAGCCUAAAGGAGGUAUUUCUCGAAGCUCGAGCCAAGGAAUAGCUUACGAGAACAAGCGUAAGGCAGUCCGCCAGAGGCAGAAAUGGGGAAUGACCAUUCGAUUCGACUCGGGUCUAAGUAGACUGAGGAGAAACUUGGAUGAGAAGCCCUAUAAAUGCACUAAAUGUGCUAAGAGUUUCAGUCAGAGUUCCACUCUUUUUCAGCACCAGAAGAUCCAUACCGGCAAGAAAUCCCAUAAGUGUACCGACUGUGGGAAAAGCUUCUUUCAGAGUUCUAAUCUCAUUCAGCAUCGACGGAUCCAUACUGGGGAAAAGCCCUACACAUGUGACGAGUGCGGAGAGAGGUUUAAACAGAGCUCGAACCUCAUUCAGCACCAGAGAAUCCAUACAGGAGAAAAGCCCUACCAGUGUGAUGAGUGCGGCCGGUGCUUUAGCCAGAGCUCCCACCUUAUUCAGCACCAGAGAACCCACACUGGGGAAAAGCCCUACCAGUGUGACGUGUGUGACAAGUGCUUCAGCCAGAGCUCCCACCUGAGGCAGCACAUGAAGGUACACAAAGAAGAAAAGCCCCGUAAAACCCGGGGUAAAAAUGCCAGGGCAAAAACGCACUUGGUUUCCUCCUGGAAAACUGGUACAGGAAGGAAGUCAGUGGCUGGUCUCCGCCAAGUAAAGGGCACUGCUUCAGGCCUUUUUAAAAAGAAAAAAUAAAAGCUGAUGGUCAAAAGUCUCUCUUUGAAGAAUGAGGGUGCUUAUAGUAGAGCACUUAGAUGCUAGACCCUUCCCUAGCCCGGAGACUUUAGGAGUUCAGUGACCUUAUUGGGCUGCAACUGUGAGUCCAGCUGCCCGUUUCUUAGUGACAUGAGCCCAGAGAACUGGAAAACAUGUCUGGUGAGGAUCUAAGACCCUUGACCUCACUAGAAACUGCUUCCUUAUAUUUUGAGAAAAAAACAUCACAUUUUCAUGAUUCACUUAUUAAAGUACAGGCAUGCCAAUAAUUAGUCCCCUUUUAGGAAUUUCUGUGGAAGAAAUCGUUAAAGGAAGAAGAAGUAAAUUUUGAAGUUCUGAGACACGACAUUUUAUGUUUUUAACGUUUUGUAGUUUACACAUGUGGCUCAAAAUUCUGCAUCAUGAAAUACAUUCGAGUUCAUAGAUUUUUUUUUUCUUUUUUGGUAGUGUAUAUUGUAAGAAGUAAUUAGUUUCAUUAUGUUUCAUGAAUGUAUAUAAUGUAUCUGUAUAAUGUCCUUUGGUCAUACUUACCCCUUGCUACUCUCUCUUCUCUUUCCCCUCCUGGUGGACUCAUCCCAAAUAGUUCCCUUUCCACUUCAUGGUUUUGGUUUUGUUUUUUUUUUUCUUUAAUCUAGAUUCUGCCAAAAAAGAGAAAACAUUUGUUUCCUCAAGACAGACUAAUCUUGCUUAAGUAAGUUUCAUCUGUUUUGUUUUGUUUUAGGUUCCAUCUGUUUUCCUACCAACAUGAUUUUGUUCUUUAUGGCUAAAUAAUAGUCCAUUGUAACAUUCAAAGGCUUUUAAUCAAGACCCACCUGUGUUAGCUUUUGUUUCUUCCCUUCUUAUGAGCCAAGAGGUUAAAAAGGUCCCUAUUUUUUUUUAACCACAUUCCUAAAAAUCCCCAAAUGGCAAACCCAGACCAUCCCUUGUGAUGGUGUCACUGGUGUUUUGGAAAUUGGGGUGGGUUUAUAUUGACUCAUGCCUGUGGCCUCUAAGCAUUCUCUUCUCCCACAGACUGAGACUGCCAUAUAGACCUACAUGAAUAAAUGGUAUCUUACCAAGGAACUCCCACCUUGCUUCUUGCUAAAAACAAAAUCCCCUGGCCUUCAAGGCUGAGCUUUGGAUAACACUGAUCAUUUUAGACAAAUGUUUGUCAUGUCAGCAAGUUAUGUACCAGUGCACUACAGCUCCUUUAGAACUUCGUCUGUAGUAUAGCAAUUGUUUAAGAAGGCAAACAAGUGUUUCUUCCAUGAGCAGCAUCACAAGUCACACACUUCUUAUCAGCUUCAGCUCAGGUUUUAGUUUAUUGAAUUCUGACAUUCUUUUGUUAUUGUCUAUAAUACUAGCUCCUGCUGUAAUGACAACUAUCCUUAAAAAUAAAGAAUGAGAUAUUUUUGCAUACUACUAUCUGCUUGCUUUUCUUUUGAUAAAUGGUUUCAGUCAGUUGGACAGCAGAUCAAUAAAUCACACCUUUUAGGGGAAUCGUUCGUUCUGCUGUUGUUGGGUGCCUCUGCUUAGCUCCUUGCUUUGAAUCUAGGGCCAUGGAAUAUGGGCUGUUGACGAAGUGGCAUCUGCCCGGAUAUCUAGAACUUUCUGUAAGUUCAAGACAGUUGCAGUGAUGUUUUGCAAAAGACUUGACCUUUGAUAUCCUGUUCAGCCAAAUCACUGUGUCAGUGGCCUGGCCCUGGGACCCUAUUGAGCAUCUACUGUCAAUCUUAUAUUGGUUUUGUGUCUGAAACAGCUUCUAGCUAGAACUAACCCUACUGACUUAAAUUUUAUGAGCUGCCCAUUCUGGUGGCAACCAUAGAUGCCCCACAACUGAGGCAGAUUUGGUAGUUUACAUUUUAUGUUUAAUAGGCAAAGCUCUUCAGUAUAAAAAUAAAUACUCUAGAUUUUAAUGUGGUCCUAGUUUGACUUUGUUUGAUGUAUUAUAGCCCUAAAGCUGGCAGGCAGCAGAGAUAACUGAUUUAUAGCCUUCUAUGGUAACUAAUGUGUCUUGUGUUUCUUUUUAGAAACAUAAAAUUGAAAAGUCAAAACUGUCUAAAAAUAACAAAGAAAUGUACUACUAGAAAUUGAAUACUAAUGUGAGUCUGGUAGGUAUCACCUCCUUAAAUAAAGGUUUGUUGCAUGAAAAAGCGUGUGCCCCUCAACCCCGUAUUCUGAGUUCCCAGUGCCAUGCAGAUGUUUAUAAACAUAAUUCUUUUCCUUUUGCAGACAUCCCCCUCGCCAUCCAGCCUAUGGCUUAGGGCAUUAGGGAAUCCGAAUGGUACUAAUUAAAAACAAGUGUCACAAUUGAGCACUGUGUUGCAGGCCUGUAGUCUCAGCACUUGGGAGAUGGAGGCAAAGAGAAGUCCAAAGUCAUCCUUGGGUACAUAGCAUAUUUGAGGCCAGC